AUGGCCUCCGUUCUCGUUUUCGGCCCUACGGGCAAAGUUGGGUCGUAUGCCGCACGUACAGCAGCAGAUCAAGGUGCUAAAGUCUGGCUGGCGAUGCGAGACACAACCAAGGCUAUCCCGGGUCUGACCGAGGAUGCGGAGAAAGCGGGUGGCUUUCAGAGAGUCCAGGCCGACUUGCAGAAGCCAGAGACAGUGAGCGAGGCUGUCAAAGUCUCUGGUGCGAAGCGUGCAUUCAUCUACCUCGUCCAUGGAGCUUCAGAUCACCAAAAGGCCACCAUUGAGGCGCUGAAGGCUGCAGGCGUCGAGUUCGUCGUAUUCCUCAGCAGUUUUACCAUCCUCGUCAACCAAGGCUUGCGAGAGAUUUCCCCAUCCGACUACAUUGCAUACGUCCACGCUCAAGUUGAAGCAAAUUUGGAGGAUACCUUUGGGCCCGAUAAUUAUGUGGCCCUGCGCCCCGGGGGUUUCGUGACAAAUUUGCUUGCAGAGAGAGACGGCGUUGUCGCUGGCAAAGUCCAAUUGUACGGCGGCAUAUUUGAGCAAGACAACAUCGUCCCGGACGACAUUGGUAAAGUUGCCGGCACCGUGCUUGCGUCAGGUCCAAGAAAUGGACAGAAGAAGGUGUAUCUUUAUGGGCCCCAAAUUAGAUCCAUCCAUGAUAGCUACGUGGAAGUCGGCAGAGUGCUGGGCAAGGACUUGGAGAUCAUUACUCUGGGGCCCGAGGAUGGGCUUAAGAAACACCUUAGCCGUGGAAUGAGCGAGUCUGUCGCGAAAUACAUGGUUGCAUUGGCGGGUACCAAGGGUCCGGACAAGGGAAAUGGCGAGCGAUUCCCUAGGUAUCAGGAGGGUGUGGCAAAUGUGCAGCUGUACACUGGCAAGCCAUCAACUAGCCUUGACGAUUGGGUGAAACAGAACAAGGAAAUAUUCAAGGCUUAA